AAUGACACUCCUACUACUGCCUCACUUAGCACCAAAACCAAACCCUCUUUCUCUCUCUCUUUCCCUCGCUCCUCUUCUCCAUCGAAGAAGCUCCGAUCUCCCAACCGCUUCUCCUUCUCCGUCUCCGCCACCGCCAUGGCUUCUCCUUCUCGAAAGGUUUUGCUUCCGAUCGCGAAUGGCACCGAACCGAUUGAGGCGGUGAUCACGAUCGACGUCCUGCGACGAGCUGGAGCUGACGUCACCGUUGCUUCCGUCGAGAAGCAGCUCCGAGUCGAUGCUUGCCAUGGAGUCAAGAUCGUCGCCGAUGCUUUGAUUUCUGAUUGCAGCCAAAGCGUCUUCGAUCUCAUUACUCUACCGGGAGGCAUACCCGGCGCUGCCAAUCUUAAAAACAAUGGAGUUCUGGAAAGCCUGGUUAGGAAGCAAGCUGCAGAUGGGCAGCUUUAUGCUGCAAUAUGUGCUUCACCUGCUGUGGCUCUUGGGGCAUGGGGUUUACUGAAGGGAUUAAAAGCAACAGGCUAUCCUUCUUUUAUGGAACAACUAGCAUCCAGUGGUGCAAAUGCUGUUGAGUCAAGGGUACAGGUGGAUGGAAAAGUUGUAACAAGCCGUGGACCUGGAACUACAAUGGAAUUUUCAGUUGCGUUGGUUGAACAGUUGUAUGGGAAAGAGAAAGCUGAUGAAGUUUCUGGCCCUUUGGUUAUGCAUCCCAACCAUGGCGAUGAAUACACUAUAAAGGAACUAAAUCCUGUGCAGUGGACAUUCAGUGAUAUCCCCAACAUUCUCGUACCUAUUGCCAAUGGCACAGAGGAGAUGGAAGCUCUUAUAAUCAUUGAUAUUCUACGACGAGCAAAUGCAAAUGUAGUGGUGGCCUCUGUUGAGGAUAAACUAGAAAUUGUGGCUUCUCGCAAAGUUAAACUCGAGGCAGAUGUGAUUCUCGAUGAGGCUGCUAAACUUUCAUUUGACCUAAUAGUUUUGCCGGGUGGCCUUGGUGGCGCCCAAGCAUUUGCAAACUCGGAAAAGCUGGUGAAUUUGUUAAAGAAGCAGAGUGAAUCAAAUAGACCUUAUGGAGCAAUAUGUGCUUCCCCAGCCCUCGUCCUGGAACCCCAUGGCUUGCUCAAGGGGAAGAAGGCCACAUCUUUUCCUGCCUUGUGCGAGAAGCUGUCAGAUCGGAGCGAAGCUGAAAACAGGGUGGUGGUUGAUGGCAACCUCAUAACCAGCAGAGGGCCAGGAACCUCUAUCGAGUUCUCUCUCGCAAUUGUGGAGAAGCUGUUCGGGCGCCAGAAAGCAAUAGAGCUUGCGAAAACAAUCCUUUUCAUAAGCCCUUAGAUCUCAAUGUCUGGAGUGUCUAAUUUUUCUCUGCUACGUGCAUCGUAUUGCUUAAUGGCUGAAGAAGUUGGGACUCAAUGUUUGAAUGUGAAUCCACUUUGCGGAUAUGUACGGCGGUUCUGUAUAAAAAUAAAUGAGUUUUGAAGAGUUGAAUUUGAAUAAAGUAAAUCUACGUCCUCUAAUUCAACCAUUCACCAC